CUUUAUUCCUCUGACUUCCUCCUUCUGCCAGAGCGUCACCAGCGGGAACAGCACAGGGAGGGGAGGGACGAGAGAGCUGGGCGGCAGAGAGCAGCAAUUAUACCCCCCCACCUCCAAAUCUUGUAUUUAGCAAGAAAAUUCAGCUGUAGAGACAGCGUGGGUGGGGAAAGGUGCCCCCCUGGGCCAGAAAAGCUGCUGGGAAGGCUGGGCUUGAGAUUUUUGUACGGAAAUCCACAUGAACCGCUCUCCAGCAGGGAAAGUUUCCUGGGAGUUUUCCAUGCUGACUAAUUUUCUACGGGCAGGCAUCGCGUUCACUCCUGCGUGGCUGUCUGGUCCCAAAGAGCUUUAGCAGAGGGGUUUAUGGGCGUUUAGUUGCAACUCCCAAGACCAAGACGGGAUGGUGUCUGUGAGGGAGGUAGAACUUGGUCAGCCACUCAAACAGCAGGGAGAUAUGUCUCCUUAUGACCGAAGGAGAAAGUGAAACAUAACGGUGCAGAAGCCAGAGAGCUCCAGAAAAAAAAAAAAAAAGAAAAUGGAAGAGAAUCCAAGCGUGGAUCUGUCUGAAACUGGGCCAGCCCCGGGUGAGGGGGGGAGCAGCGCAGAGCACCCUAUGCACCAAGAGCCCACCCAAGAAACACUUGAGCACCAAGUGACAAGCAGGUUGCCCGAGACCUCCUGCAAACCAGAAGAGGACUCUUUAGUGUGUAAAUCACCAACUGCUGAUGGAGGAGAGACGACACUGUCAGAUUCAGCUGGCCCCACGGUAGAGGAGAAGGUUCCCCAGGAAACUGAAGUAUCACUGGAAGUAUCUGGUGUCUCAGAAAGACCCCAGGAAGACGGCGACUUGGAUGAAGCCAGUCUGGCUCAGUAUAAAGUGGACAGCAAAGGAGACAGCCCUGUCCACCAGGAAACAAGCAAGCAGUGUGAAAGGUCCUACACAGCAGGGGAAGAAGCUUCACUGAGAAGCAAGUCCCUGAGCUCUGACAGUGAAGUGACACAUUUGGAUGUGACUGCCACAGAAGAUGUCAUCAAGGGCCUCUUGGCAGAGAAGAGCACCAGUGCCCCUCUCCUACAUCAGGAGCCAGAAGAGCACACAGAGCAAGAAACAUCAGUGAGCAGAUCCCAAGACACAUUAAGGAACAGACACGGGACCAAAGGCCACACAGCCCCAGAGCCAGAGGCUCAGUCCUGUUUGCAGAACAUCACCGCCCAAAACACAGACCAGGAGAAAGCCAAGAAGUCCCUCUUGAUGAAAGGUGAGGAAAAGAAGCUUCCCUUGCAUGUUACUCAUCGACCAGAAGGCACUGAUUCUCCAGGAACAAGGCUUGUCGUUGUGAGCCUCGUACUGCUUGGCUUCUGCAUAUUCUGCUUUGGCAACCCGGCCUCCAAGUCCCAGCAAGCCCCCAGGAACCCCACCGUGGAGGCAUUCCUGUCCCAGUUCAACCAGCUGCAGGACAGGUUCCCGGGGCAGAGUCCCCACCUGUGGCUUCGCGGGCGCAAGUUCCUGCAGAAGCACCUCAAUGCAUCCCACCACACGCAGCCGGCCAUCAUCAUCUUCACGGCCGCCCGCAAGGGUGAGCGGACCUUGCGAUGCCUUAGCGCCCGUGUGGCUGACACCUACUCAGCUGCCCUGCAUGCCAGCACGGUCCACAUCGAUGGCACGGAUAAAUCCGAGCUCGAGAGUGACCAGGCCAAGCUGGAGGUGGACUCAGAGCUGAGCUCAGCUUUCCAGGCUGGGGGCCGCGCUGCGGUGAUACAUCGCUUCGAGCGGCUGCCGGCGGGGGCCACCCUCAUCUUCUACAAGUAUUGCGACCACGAAAGCGCCGCUUUCAAGGACGUGGCCCUGCUGCUGACCGUGCUGCUGGAGGAGGAGACGCUGGAGACCCACAUCAGCCUCCAGCAGGUAGAAGAGAGGGUCCGUGACUUCCUCUGGGCCAAGUUCACCAGCAGCAGGACCCCCAGCUCCUACGACCACAUGGACUCUGACAAGCUGAGCGGGCUGUGGAGCCGCAUCUCCCACCUGGUCCUACCGAUCCACCCGGUGCAGACCAUCGAGAAGGGGGGCUGCCACAUCCACACCAAACCCUAGGGGCAAAGGCUGCCAGAGCCCUGGGAAGGGUUGGAAAGAUGGUCCUGGAUAACUUUGGCGCAGGUAGAGGCACAAUCAGUGCUAUUUAUCUUCAGUUUGUUUCUUGUAUCUUCCUGGAAAGAGUUUGACAGGUACAAGUUGAUCCAGGCCAUUUGGCCAGCUGAGUCCUGGAGGUGAUAGAUCACACGCUUUCUUCUGGCAGAUGGGAAGAGUGGAUAUUUUAGAUUGUUAAUUGCACAGGAAAACAUCGGUGUGUGGGGAGGUGGGAGGGAAAACAGGACUUUGCAGGUAGCAUUUCUGUCAGGAAGUAUACAAAUAACAUACACAACUAGUACACCAGAAGGAUACUUCAGUUCAGUAGCUCUUUUCAUUUCUCUGUGCCCCUCAGUUUGCUAAUGUUGCAUACAUCAAUCUCAUGAUGUACUUUAUCUAGAAGUCUUCUCUGUCUUUGCAGAGAGCUGCUGGAAUGCAGGAGGGUCAAAUUCCCCAAAGCCUAAUUUUUUGAAGGUGUGCUUCAAAAAGAAAACUAGUGUGCUCAUCAAGGGUUUGACCAGUCAGUCCUGAUAGAGUCCCACUUGCACAGACUGAACGACACCCAGCAAACACCAGAUCCUAACAAUAGGAUGUUCAAACAAACCUGCAAUUCAGAAAUCCCCUAAAUGUCAAUUACAAGACAUUUCAGGUUGUCAGCACUUAAAUGCUGCACUUAAGGGGGGGAUUCUGUAUGGCAGAUAAUAAGCUCUGAAGACAGAGCGCUGUGAAAGAGACCACCUCGCUGUCGCUCUGAUAGUGCAGCAAGGGAUCCCCUCAAGGGAUCGCACAGGUGAAAGAAUGAGUAAUACAGUUUAACUCAAUGCUACCUCUUGAAAAAAAUAGUCUGCUCUUGAUCCCUUUGCCACUACAAGGCUAUGACCAUAUCUUUGGGCUGAUGCAUCAGCUUUGGUCCUACACGAUAGAUUGACUCUUUACCCCGAUCUCUGAUCUGUGUGCAUCAGAGGAAGCCGUCUGCCUGCCUCUCCACAGCUAAGUUUUAUUGAAGAAUGUAAGUGUUAAUGUUGAUAUUUAUUUCAAAUCACAUAGGGUAACACACCAGGUCCUUGCUCUCCAGAGGUACAUUUGCCUCCCCACCAGGCAGCUAGUGCUCUGGCGUAUGCUAAAGCAACUAGGAGCAGAGCUAGGAUUAGCUGGUAAAGACAAAAAUCUCUGGGGUUAACACUACAAAUCCUCAACAAAGCACAUUGCUUUCUUACUGUGCCUCCUCCUCUUCAUCCCAGGAAGAGAAAUCAGAGUCCUGGUAAUCCUGUGGUGCCCCAGCACACUGCAUUUCUGCAGUUGCUCUAGAGGCAGAGCAACCAACUCAGGGAACAUCUGGGGGGCAUGUGCAGGUUACAGCAUUUAUAGUGACCCAACAGUCAGCCCCAGGUGUCAGUCCCUUGUGCCGAUGGUGCUGCCUGCCAGAGAAGGAGCAGCUGUAGCAGAUCACGGCUUAUUUCCGUAUAAGCAGCACAGACUGGGGCCCUGCAAAGCUCGGCUCUGUGUCUGAACAAGGCAUAAAUUGAGAACACGAUGGUGUUUUCAGAAGCAGCGCACCUGAGUGCUCCUUACAGCAACUGGACCCUGGUGUUGGCCGGGUCUCCUGCCAAAGGUGCCUUGCUGACCUGCCCCACUGAUGGCUCAGCUGAGGCACAGUCCUGCUCCCUAAAACCACAGCCUGUCUCUUCUUUCCUCCUGCCGUGUGCCUUGUCCUGUCUCAGGAGAUUUGUGUAACUGGGAGGAGGGGAGAAAAUGAAGGAAGAGAAAGGGGUUAUUUGUUUGCAUUCUAACCAAAUAGCAGAGCUUUUGGUUGGUUGGGAACGUAGAGACAAGACCACAGGGGUUUUAACCAUGACAAGCACUGGGCUAAAUGUGAGAAUAACCUGCUGGAGCCCAGCAUCAGCAGGGCAGCCCAGAGCAUGGUUUUGUACAAGGUAUGGGUUGCUUCCUUCCCUUCCUCCUUUUUAUUGCUAUACACUACUUUGGUAACAGAAAACACUGUUUCUGCUCUGAAUGGUUCAGUAUAGGUGUUGAUGUAAGAACCAGCGGAGCAUUAAUCAUGUUAUGUCAAUAUCUUGAGGGAAGUCUGUUUUUUAAUAUUAUCUUGCUCUCAGUUUUAGGUACUGUGUCUGUAACGCAUAGCAAAGGUAUGCAAGGGUAACUUCAUGCUGCUUGAGCACAUCACUGUAAACAUCAUCCACCCCAGCUGUUCUAAUACAGAGAUAUUUUUAUGACCUUUUAAAAACAAAAUCUCUGCUUGCUUCUGAAACAAGACUUCUAUUUAAAAAUAAAUAAUGUGAUUGUGAAAGA